CGAGCUCUUGUUGUGUCUGAAUCAUUCUUUUUUUUUUUUUUUUGUCAACCGUGUCUGAAUCAUUCAUUCAUCAGAUUAAUUUUUGCUCGAAGAUGAAGAGAAUAUUCGGUGCGAAGAACAACAAAGAGCCUCCACCGUCCAUUCAGGAUGCUUCUGAUCGGAUCAAUAAAAGAGGAGAGUCAGUGGAAGAUAAGGUGAAGAGGCUUGAUGCUGAGCUCUGCAAAUACAAAGACCAGAUCAAAAGGACCAGACCUGGUCCUGCUCAAGAAGCUAUCAAAGCUCGUGCUAUGCGAGUUCUCAAGCAAAAGAAAAUGUAUGAAGGACAACGUGACAUGCUGUACAAUCAGACUUUCAACCUUGAUCAAGUUUCUUUUGCUGCUGAAGGCCUCAAAGACGCUCAACAAACUAUGACAGCGUUGAAAUCUGCCAACAAGGAGUUGAAAGGAAUGAUGAAAACCGUCAAGAUUCAAGAUAUUGAUAAUUUACAAGAUGAAAUGAUGGACUUAAUGGAUGUGAGCUCUGAAAUUCAAGAUUCACUGGGUAGGAGCUACAAUGUUCCUGAUGACAUUGACGAAGAUGACCUCAUGGGCGAGCUUGAUGCUCUUGAAGCUGACAUGGGAAACGAGACCGAAGCAGACGGAGUGCCUUCCUAUCUCCAACCCGAUAAGGAACCGGAUCUUGAUGAGGAACUUGACUUGCCUCUUCCACCAGUUAGGACAACAACUGGAGCUCAACCUGAACGAGCUGCUCAAAAGGCUGAGGAUGAAUGGGGAUUACCCGCGGUACCACGUGCUUCACUUCGGGGUUAAAUUCACACUUUACAAGAAUUCAUCUCCAAGCGUUUUCAUUUGUGAAAGCUACUAUUUUUUUUUUAUAAAUCCCUUACUCAUGUGAUAUAAUACGUUUUGUGCAUAACAGUCUCAUAGACCUUGGAUCCUCGAUUUGGUUAUGGUUAGUUAUGUAUGGAUCCGUUUCUCACAA